GAUUAAUUUAAUAUAAAUUCUGUUAUGCCAAAACUCUAUACAUUCAAGGACCCCAAUUUCAACCCUCUUUAGAAUUAUGUGGUGGAUAAAACUUUAGGAUAAGGAACCUUUGGAAAAGUGAAGAUGGGUAUUCACAAAUGCACUAAUGAGAAAGUAUUAACUCACUUCAAUUUACAAAGGUAGCAAUCAAGAUUCUGGAGAAGGAGAAAAUAGAAAAUGAGGCUGACUACGUGAGGAUUCAACGUGAAAUUCACAUCCUACGGAAAAUACGUCACCCGAAUAUCAUUUAAUUAUAUGAGGUAUCUGAAUGAGUUAUAAGAGAUAAUUGAGAGUGAAAUAAAAUUAUAUCUCAUAACUGAAUAUGCCCCAGGAGGUGAGUUAUUUGAACAUAUCGUUUCGAAAUCUCGACUUGAAGAGCGUGAAGCUGGUCGUAUAUUCUUUUAACUUCUGAAUGCCAUCGAAUACAUACAUCAAUUGGGCAUUGUGCAUAGAGAUCUGAAACCAGAGAACAUCCUAUUGGAUUCCAAUAAGCAAGUCAAGGUGGUCGAUUUCGGAUUAUCGAAUCUCUAUCAACCAAAUUAAAAAUUGCAUACUCCCUGUGGCAGUCCUUGUUAUGCUGCACCUGAGAUGGUCAGUGGUUUGCCAUAUGAAGGAUUGAAAACUGAUAUCUGGUCAUGUGGCAUAAUCUUGUACGCGAUGAUUUGUGGGUAUUCUACCUCCCUUAACUUUAGUUGUGUCCCAUUCGAAGAUCAAAAUACCAAAUAACUCUACGAAAAGAUCAAACACUCAGAUUACAAACUACCCAAAAGUGUCUCUCCUUAAGCUGCUGAUCUCCUUCGAAAAAUUCUCCAGAAAGACCCCUCCAAAAGAAUUACCAUCCCUGAAAUUAGAUAACAUGAUUUUAUACUAUUUGCUGGCAAAAUGACCAUCCCUGAAGGAGUAAACACUAAGUAUUAUCAAUAGAGUAUCUAGAUUGGACAAUUUCAAAAUAGACGUUGAUUACACCAUUCUUCAAUAGUUGCUCCAAUAUAACAUCUCGGAAGAAGAAGCUGUCUAAAUGAUCAAAAAUAACAAACACAAUUGCAUCACCACUUGUUACUAUCUCCUCAAACUCAAACAACAAAGAGAAAAGUAGAUCAAACACGAAAUCAAACCUGAGGUCCCUAAACCAAUUUCUAUUGAAAAAUAGAAUAUAUUUAAUAAAACACCCAUAAUCGAACAACAAAAAUCCUCCCCCUUAGUCAAAUAAAAACUAUACUCACAACAAUAACCCACACAACCUUAUAAUUAGGAUGUCUAACAACAAAUCUUAUUGCAUCUCCUUUAAAAUCAAUAACAACAACACCAAUUAUUACUCUAAUAACAAGCAUAACCCAAAGAAGUUAAAUAACCCUAAGUCUCUAAAGUGGCUGAAACUGGAGGCUCAUCAUCCAUGGAAAUGUUCCUAAACAAAGCUUUCUCAGAUAGAAAUCAAAAUAAAUCACAAACGUAUUUUUGCAUUAAUCCAUUUACUUAGAAAAGGCAAAACUAAAUCCUAAGAUCCUGUUCCUCAUAGAGACACUUCAGCUCCUAAAAAACCCAGUUUGCCUUCUAAAAAUCAGAAAUCUAUCUCUCAAAAACCCUCCAGUCAAUCUAAAGGGUAAUUGGCCCAAUUACUUGCAGUGAAACAAUCCAAAUAUUUAGGCAAUACGUACUAAUCUAUUUGCAUUCCAUAGAGAUUCUACUACUUAUGUUAGACAUAAAAGCAACUUGAAGUUUAAACAAGGUAGUACUGAAAGAUCAGAUCGCCAUAGUAGUAAUAGUUAGAGAUCCGAAAUCACCUAUUUAAAAAGGAGUGUGGAAAAUAGAAGUAGCUAACACAUUAAAAAUGAUCGUAAAACUAGAAUGAUUAGUACCUAUGCAUACAAUGAUACAUAAAAACCUAUUCAAACUCAACCAAAUGAAAGGAUUUAUGUAAAUAUUAACAUAAAAUAUAGACUGAUCUCAGCAAAGAAUAAUCAAAUGUGCUUCAAUCUUAGUAGUAGAGAUUAACUCACAUGGAUAAUUUGGCUUUGGGCAUUCAAAUCUAUAAACAUAACAUUCAGAAUAGAUUUCUAAUUAAACAAUAAUAAAAAAGAAAAAGCAAAUAAUAGUAAUGA